AUGCUUCAGAAUACCAACUCUUAUGCGCAACAAGAAGAAGUCUCUCUUGAAGAAGAAUUCUUGUCUGCUUCUUUCAAAGUGAUUGUCCGCUUGGAAUUCUCAUCUUCUCUUCCUUCCGAAAAAGUAAUUCUCAAAUUGAAACCAAACACUUCCUAUCAAACAUUGGUCCAAGAAUUAUUCAAUGUUUUUCAUCAAAUUCCAUCCUCUUCCUAUUUCCAAAUCAAAUAUUUCGAUGAAGAUGCUGAGAGUGAAGUGUGCAUUCGAAAUGAUGAACAAGUUUCAUGUUUUCUCGAACAAUACAAAGAUCCGAAUGUACUGAAAGAACACAAACAACUUGUAUUUUGUAUUUUCGAUUCGUCAACAACGAACUUUCCGUUACCAAUCAAUGAUCUGCCAGUAACAAGACAGAACUCUCUACAUCCUUUGCAUGGAAUUCCAUCUCAGAAUUCGAUUUCAGAAUUCCCAAAUUCGAAUCCUCAUUCAUCUAGCAACGUGAUUACCUCUCAAGAUCUUGAGCUGGUAAAAAAGAAAUUCAUUCAAAGAGGUUGUGUCUCUCACAAGAUCAUUACACAAGAGAGUUCAGUAGAUGGGCCUUCAUUCGUUGAAUUUCUGUGCAUCCAUUCGCAAGGUGCCUCUCCUAAUUGGCCCAAUGAAAGACUUGUGAAAGUAUUGAAAUUAGAAAAUGUCGACAAGUCCAAUCAAAUUAUGAAAGAGCUUAAAAAUUUGAAAAGUCAAUUGUAUCAACAACAGCCGCUUAACCGAUCCAUUGUUAGCAUCAUGGAUGUCUUUCGGGUAGGCAAUGAAGAUUCAAGAUUGGUGGCCAUUGAAAUGGAAUAUUUGAAACAUAAUUUAUGGAGCAAAGUUAUUCAAAAACGAAUGCUAUUGACUGAGAAAAUGUUGUUUGAUAUCGUAAAGCAAACGUGUCAAGCAUUGGAAUUUUUGGAUCAACAAUGCAUUCAAAGAGAAAUUAAUCCCCAUAACAUGUAUUUACGGAGCUUGGAUUUUAGUGACGAAACAUUGAACAUAGCUAUUGUUCCUAAGGGAAAUUUGAGUGAAAAUUGCUUGGUAGCAAACAUCUCCAGAGAGAAGCAGUAUUAUCAAGCACCAGAAAAUCUUACUACCAACAAACAUCACAAUAGUUUGGCAAGUGACAUUUUCUCACUGGGUGCCGUUUUAUAUCAACUCAUAACCUUAGACAUGGAAACAUUGUUACCACCAGCUGUCAACUCUCUUAGUUCAACACAUAACAUUCAAGAGAUCAUCAAAAUUCAAUCCAAAAUUCCCUACUCUAACUCACUAUAUUCUCUCAUUUCACACAUGUUAACAGAAUCUCCUCAAGAACGAAUAAGCAUGACACAACUUGUUUCAGAUUUUCCAAACACUCCAAACGCAGACAUGUACUAUACCAUUGGUUGUCAUUUCUUCUCACUCAAACAUUACACCCAUGCCAAAACUUGUUUCGUCAAAGCUGCUAACCAUGGACAUGUUCUUGCUUUAAACAGACUUGGAGUUUUAUAUUGUGAGGGACUGGGAGUUGCACAACAGUUCAGAACAGCCCUUUUGUAUUUCCAAAAAGCAGCUUCCAAAGGAAAUGCAAAAGCACAAUUCAAUGUUGGAUUGUGUUACGAAACAGGACGUGGUGUGCUGGGAAGAGAAUGUGAUUAUCAAAACGCAGAGAAGUAUUAUUUGGCAGCUGCACAACAAAAUCAUGUCCAAGCUCAAGUGAAUCUUGGAUUAUUAUAUUUGGAAAACAAAUUGAGUUGCAACAAUUCUAAAUUCAAUGCUCACUAUUGGUUGAAGAAAGCAGCGACUCAACAUCAAAAUCUCAUAGCUCAACAUGAGAUUGGUUUCAUGUACUUUAAAGACCACUAUUACUCAAAAGCUUUGAAAUGGCUGACUCGCUCUGCUCUUCAAGGAUAUGCCAAGGCACAAAAUGAUUUAGGUCUCAUGUAUGCUCUAGGUAAAGGAGUGGACAAGGAUUUCACACAAGCGUUUGAAUGGUUUGAAAAGGCAGCUAAUCAAAACUUUGCCGUAGCUCAAUAUAAUUUAGGAGUCAUGUAUGAGAAGGGAGAUGGAGUUCAACAAGAUGAAACUCAAGCACGGAAGUGGUAUCGAAAAGCAGCUCAACAAGAUCAUAAAGGAGCGUUUCGCAAGUUGGGAGGUUUGGAUAUUAAUAUAUGGACUGAUGGAGUGAAGAAAGCGCUUUUACAUGGUCAAUUGUUAAGUAUAUUUAUUUGUACACCUAUUUUCAAUGAAUCGAGUUAUCAGGCAUGUCGAGACUGA